GCAGGGGGUUGGAAUUAGAUGAGCACUGUGGUCCUUUUCAGCACAGGCCAUUCUAUGGUUCUAUGAUUCUAUGAUACGGGGUGCUGAGUGCCCAGGAUGCUGAGAACCAGGCGGGAUAUUGGGGUGCCUGGGGAUGGGGAGGUGGGUGCAUUAGGGUGCCCACGGUGCUGGGGUCCUGGAGGUGGAGCACUGUGCUGCUGGGGCGCCGAGGGAUGUAGGGAUGCGCAGGGUCCACUUGGGCCGCCGUGCAGCAGGACGACGGGCGUUGGGGUGCUCAGGAAUCGGGUGCCCUUUGUCAGCACCCUCCGCCCUGCAGCGCCCGAUGCCCGUCCCCACCCGGCGCCAUGGCCGAGGGCAAAAUCGCGGGGCUGUACGACCUGGAGCGCACGCUGGGUAAGGGGCACUUUGCCGUGGUGAAGCUGGCCAGGCACGUCUUCACGGGGCAGCGCGUGGCCGUCAAGGUGAUCGACAAGAGCAAGCUGGCGGGCGAGGCGGCGGGGCAGCUGCUGCAGGAGGUGCGCUGCAUGAAGCUGGUGCAGCACCCCAACGUGGUGCGUCUCUACGAGGUCAUCGACACCCACGCCAAGCUCUACCUCAUCCUGGAGCUGGGCGACGGCGGCGAUAUGUUCGACCACAUCAUGAGGCACGAGGGCGGCCUGGCCGAGCCCCGCGCCAAGCACUACUUCGCCCAGAUCGUCCACGCCAUCUCCUACUGCCACAAGCUGCACGUGGUGCACCGCGACCUCAAGCCCGAGAACGUGGUCUUCUUCCAGGAGCAGGGGGUGGUCAAGCUGACGGACUUUGGCUUCAGCAACCGCUUCCAGCCCGGCAAGAUGCUCACCACCAGCUGUGGCUCGCUGGCGUACUCGGCGCCGGAGAUCCUGCUUGGAGAUGAGUACGAUGCUCCGGCUGUGGACAUCUGGAGCCUGGGGGUCAUCCUCUACAUGCUGGUGUGCGGACAGCCGCCCUUCCAGGAGGCCAACGACAGCGAGACGCUCACCAUGAUCAUGGACUGCCGUUACACCGUGCCCCCACACGUCUCCGCACAGUGCUCCGACCUCAUCUCCAGGAUGCUGCAGCGGGACCCCCGGCAGAGAGCCUCCCUGGAGCAGAUCGAGGGCCACGCGUGGCUGCAGGGGGUGGAUCCGUCCCCCGCCAGCCGCUGCCUGCUGCCCCUCACCUCGCACAAGCGCGUGUCCCAGGAGGAGCACGAGAUCAUCAUCCAGGCCAUGACGUGUGGGCACAUCGCUGACCGUGACACCAUCCAGGAGGCGUUGGAGGCCGACCGCUACAACCACAUCACGGCCACCUACUUUCUGCUGGCCGAGAGGAUGCUGCGGGAGAAGCAGGAGGACCAGUUCAACACCCAUGGAGUCUAG